GCUCACGCCUCUCUGGUUCGGCUCAUCCUGACGUGGCGAGCCGACAGAGGUCCGCCGGUCCCUUCGUGGGCUGCUGCGAUUGGACAAAGAACCUGUCUGGCAAUAUUGACGAUUAAUGUAAAUACACGCAGGUGGGAACAACGGCAUGGGCGAGAGUUUAUGUAAAUAAAGGAGAAGUGAAAGCCUGUCACUGUUCCAAGCCGCAAAAAAGCCUCUUUCAGACGCAAAGUUUGGCAGAUAGUUGGAGAAAAGACUGGAUUUUAAUUCAAGACAUGGCUUACACGUCAACUUUGGACUGAUUUUGGGUCCAAUACGUGCCACAUCCACCUGACUCACAUUUCCGUGUCCAGGCUGUGACACCCAGCUGCUCAGUAAUGCCUCAGCUCACUCGCACCGCGUUGCUGCAGCUCGUGCUGCUCCUCUCCGCUGUGCCCGCUCAGUACCUCAUCUCGCGCUGGAGCGGCAACACGGUGACGCAGCGCUACCACGCUAGCGCACGGUUGCUAAGAAUUUGGAAAGAUUUAAGAACCUCUUACCUCAAUGGCACAGCAUGGAAGGACUGGGCAGACCAGCAGAUAUCCAGAGCCAAGUCGUUGGUCGGAUUAGAAGAGGAAGAGUUCAAACAGUCGCCCCCCAUAGAGACCAUGAUUUUUGACAAUGACCUGGAAUUCUUUGGAGCCUCCAAGAAAGUGCGCAGCCCUCGUCCUCCGUAUGUUUUCCUGCGUGUUGGAGAGGUGGUGAUGGAGAGUAAGGGACGCAUGGUGGGGGUGGUGGUGAGCUGGGACUCUGAGCUGCGAGCCCCUACAGAGUGGGUGGACAAAGUAUAUUCCAACUCUGAGGUCCCCAAAGCAGAGAAUACGCCUCAUUAUAAAGUGCUGUUCAGCGGGCCAGGAGCCUCCUCUCUGUUGGUCGCAUACUUGCCUCAAACACAGCUCAUGCGCUUCACUGGGACGAGACCGGAGAUUCCCACCUUGGAAAAUUACUUCACACACUUUGACGGGGAGCGAUUCGUCAUGCAGCCCUGGCUCAGAGAGAUCUUUCCCGAGGACGACAAGGAGGACUAAUGAAUGCAGGACUGCAUGUGAGAUCAUAAAGGUGACAAAACAACAAGAGGAUUUGUGGCUAUUGCUUCAUAGCCACGCUUUAAAGCAUACGUCUCAAACUCAAGGCCCGCAGGCCAAAUCCGGCUUUGCAAUACGGUUAUUUCCACCUUUUUGAUAUGAGAAAGAUAUGAGGUCUUGACUUGCAGCUUAUGAAUUUGUUUUCUCUAUAUUCAGACGAUGAAUACUUGUAAAUACUUGUGUAAAGUUUGUGAAGGCAGGAGGAAAACUUCCGCGAUCACGUCUCCUCCUCCUCCUCACCGCCCCUCCCCAUCCCUGAAAACAAUGAGUGACAGGUGAAAGUGACACACCAGGGUCUGGAACAGGGGGUUUCAAAGUCUUGACUUUCAGACUAUUCAUAUAUUGCAAAAUUCAAAUUAUAAAUACUUAAAUAGUGCUUGAACUAAAAAUAAUAAUAAGGCUAACUUAAUCUCAUCAAUUCAUGGGAUUUAUUUAACAGGCAGAGAAAUGUAAGUGUGCGCCCACUUACAGUAUUUCUGUGUCUACGUGCGCCAUAUGUCAGUCCACAACUAUGUGUUAAUGCUACUAGUUAUUACCAAAACCAAUAAUUAUCCAAUGCAGAGGCAAUAAUGUUAUAUAAUACAUUAUUUUAUAUAUAUUAUAUAUGUAUAUUUAUAUUGUCUUAAAGUUAAAACCGGCCCUUUGAGUGCAACCAUAAUGCUAAUGAGGCCCGCGAUGAAAUUGAGUUUGACACGGCUGCUUUAAAGCUAGCUACGCUUCCUCUGUUUGUACCAAGGCGUCUGGGAAACCUUUCUAUUUGUUCUCAAGUUCUUUAUUUUCCAAUUAUUCAAAUCAGUCAAUCAUUGCUGAAGUAAGUGAAGAAAUUUUAUAAUUUUGAAAUUCUUGAUGUGAAGGUGUGUUUUGUGGAUUUGGAGACUCACCAAUGAAAUAUAAUUUACCUUUUAUUUCUUUGAGAUGUACAAAUACAAAGUGCUUUAAUUUGAUGUGCCAAAACAAAUGAUUACCAACAUUUCAUUUAAUGAUCACCUGAUUUUUAGAUCAAAGCGAAUGCUUAAAAAAUGAUCUGUUUACAAAACAGUGUUGGCCGAGAUAGAAAAAAAAACUUUCUGCACUUUAGCAAUAAAAUACUUUAAACUGUGACAA